CCGGUGUGGUCAGUGAAAGCCUCGCCAAGCGCUGCACCACAUGCAACGCGUGAUCUCCAUUCACGAGGAUGAUUCAUCCCCCUCGUUCCCAUGUAACCAAAGCUCCAGGGGGGAGCUUGCAAUGUUGUCGAUUGCUAUGCUCUCAGCUGUCAUUCCAACAAACUCGAAGACAUUGAACUCGCCUUUGUUGAUUGAAGCCUAUUUGAGCCUCCAUUGACGUGUGAGGACAGAUCCUGCGAGACCUCACAGGCGUUGUUGAAGAGACCCGAUGUCGUGAGCUACAGGUCGGGGGGGUGGGGGAACUGGGUGUUAUUGAGCAUUGUACGAUUUUACAGUGCAAGUGUUUUAGACAGAAAUUGUGAAGAUGGGGCUGCCGAAGCCGCUGGGGCCAUUUGCGGUGUCGUUUGUGGAAUUUGAGCUUCGGAGGACGCGUGAGAACUCCCACCCAGGAUCAAUCUCUGAGGUGGGCCAGGAGAAUUGUGCAGCUCGUAAUGAGGUUUCGCCAGCUGAGGCUGGUCUGCAAGGAGCGCCACCCAUGCGAAUAUUUUAUCCGACAUCGUCCAAUAGUUCGUGGUCUGUUCGGGACGUCAAGGACCGCAGUUGGAUCCCUGAGGUCAAUUACUUGAGGGGGUUCCUCUGCAAAUCUGUGCCGCCGUCCACCCAGCUUCGUCGCGGUCUUGUCUGGGGACUUUCGUAUUUAAUAUACCCCUUCCUCUUUCCGUUCCUACUUACGCAAGCAUCAGUGAAGCAACCUUUACUGAUUCCUGAGAGUGACUUUAACAAGGAUGACCGCCUACCCGUUAUCGUCUUCUCUCAUGGCAUGAGGUCCUGCCGAACGACGUACACUGCUACUUGUAUCGAUCUUGCAUCUCAUGGAUACAUUGUUGUAGCGGUGGAGCAUUUAGAUGGAUCAGGGAUUAUUGCUCAGUACCACGAUCACAAGGGCAAGAGUACAUGGCUGGAGCAUGCUCGUUCUGAGAUGGAAUUUGAUGAUGUACCCAUGAGCUUCCGUUCAGAUCAAUUGCGACAGAGGGUUACGGAGAUCCAGAAAGCUGUAGAUGUGCUCGAAGCUUUGGAUCAAGGAUUGCUUUCUCAGGAUAGUAAUGCAAUCAAAGGAAGGACAAGCAUGGAUGUGAAAUUUCUACAAGGACGACUCAAUCUGAAUUAUUUAGGAAUGCAUGGGCACUCUUUUGGGGGAGCUACAACUAUUUCUGUGUGUGGUUUGGACAAAAGGUUCAAAUGCUGUGUUGCAGAAGAUGUAUGGUGGAAUCCCCUUGAGCAGGAUGCUUAUGACAGAGUGGCUGGCAAUAUUCCUGUUCUACUUUUAAAUACGGAGAAUUUCAACUGGGAAUCAUUGAAAGACUGUCGAAAGAAGUUUCUGAAUGCACGAGCUCAAGCAUGUGGAGAAGGGGAUUCAGUGGUUACAGAACUACUAACUAUGAAAGGCACGUCGCACAUGGAUCAAUCCGACUUUCCAUUGCUAUUUAAGCGGGCCUCCAAGAGAGCUGUAAUGAAGGAUAAGCUGGAUGUGCAUCACGCAAAGGAUAUCAACAGCAGAGCGAGCCUUGAUUUCUUUUACAAUCAUUUGUUGCCCCCUGGGACAGGGGCUCCUUACCUAGUAGACGUAGUAAAAGAAGAUGGCGAACAUCUUAUUGUUGGUCAAGUCAGAUGAUAUCUCUGCAAGUUCAUUUUGGUUCAAUCUACCUGUACUUGUAACAUACGGUACUCAGUUAAUUUAAGAUGACAAACUAGAUAUCUAUAUUUGUUUUCUGUUUAUUCGUCAUUAUGCUGUGUAGGCAAAAGUUUUACUGCUAAGGCGGUCCGUGUGUGGGCAUUUAUUUU